UUUCGUAGUAGCGUCGAUUGCUUGGGGGAUACCCUGACUAUAAUUGAGUUUCUAUUGUGUAUUCGUGUGAUGUAAUUUUGACGUACUUAUAAUAAAGUAAACACCAUGUAAACACUGCGCAAUGAGGUUAAAAAUAUCAAUAAUUUAAAAUGUGUGAAUGAAUUCACGUGAUUUUGAAUUACAAAUGAAAUUUUGAUGCCGUGUUAAUUUAUAUACACAAAUUAAACAUGUCACAAACGGGCCCUCAAAAGUCGUUACUAAAACCUAUAAUAAUUGGUAACAGGAAAAUGUAUCUUCAUCCGCCAAAAGUUUUAACCAAAGUGCCGUAUAGAUCGAUUCAGCAGUACAAAGAUGAGAUCAUUUAUUCGUCGCCGAAUUGUGACUUUUUAAAAGGGGAGUCCCAAGAAGUAGUGAUAGUGAAUCGAAUGAACUUAUUUACUAAGACGUGUCGGACGGUCGCGAGGUGUACCAGCCGGGGAAUUUGCGAGGAAACUACGUCAGACAUUAUCGUCGCUGCCAUAGGACAGAAGAAUUACGAAAGAGUCCUGUGCGCUUUAUCAUCCGUAUUCAAUGAAGAAACUAAAGUGAGAGGCAUUUUAGCUUUGUUGGGUGUCCAAAAAAGCUUCAACACCAUUGGGACACAGAGUAGUAUGGAAAUAACUGAAGUUAAGAAAGAUCUAGCGAGUACUGCAAGCCAAACUGAUGAUUCUCGAUUAUAUUUUUCCUUAAAAGAGAGACAAAGGAGACGGAUACGGAGACCGUUAGCACCGUAUGUUGUUACUGAAAAAGUGAAGAAAUUUGUGGUGAAUCCCAAUGAUGUGAGGAAAGAUGUAAAUAAGAAAAAGGCGGAAGAGAAAAUCCAACAAUUUAGAGAGAAGGCACUUCCAGACUUAAGAGAAGUGAUAGAUGAGGACAGUAAUAUUUCAGACGCCAGUAACUUAUCGUCAUCUAGUUGGCCUAGCGUUCCCGGGAUCCUUGAGAACACGGAUCAGUUUCUCAACCAGAUAGACAAAGUUACGGAUAAAACGUUAAAUUCUACGGAGAUCAAACUAAAAGACGGCAGUGUCAUAAUGAUACCAGUUAAGCCUGAGGACGACUUCCAUAUAGCGACACCAGAGGUCCUCAAAAAUGUGACUCGCGAGGAAGGGUUAAAGCUUUUAUGGCAUCAGGCGUUCAUUGACUUCAAAUUGUGUCUUGAACAAGAUGAAGAUGGAUAUUACCCUCUCCACAUCGCAGUUCUACACAAUGACGUGGACCUUGUAAGGAGACAGUGCGCGUCGUUGCGAGCUCGCCAUGAAUCCGUGGAUAUACCCGCAGGUGGCUUGACGGCCCUACACAUGGCGGUACGCCAGAACGUAUCAGUCACCUGCACCAAUAUACUACUUCAAAAUGGCGCCGACCCUCUCCUUUGCGACGAGGACCGGCGUUGCAGCAUACAUUUGGCUGCCGAACUGGACUCCCCACAACUAAAGACCUUACUGGCUUACUGCGACACGCACGCUAGGAGCGUGCUCAAAAACAACCUAGAUUUCUGGCGGCCAGAACUCGAAUCCAAGUCUGACAACGAACUUACAAGAUUAAUGUAUAACUGCAUCAGCGAAAUGUUCGAUGACCAAGGCUACAGUCCACUGAUGAUAGCAGCGGAGGCGGCUAUACCGGCCAACGUGUCUCUGCUGGCGGCGCGCGCCGGGCCGCUGGUGGACGCGCCGGCGCCCGACUGCGGCGCCACCGCGCUCUACCGCGCCGUCGCCAAAGCCUGCCUGCACGCCAAAGGCUACAGUCCGCUGAUGAUAGCAGCGGAGGCGGCUAUACCAGCCAACGUGUCUCUGCUGGCGGCGCGCGCCGGGCCGCUGGUGGACGCGCCGGCGCCCGACUGCGGCGCCACCGCGCUCUACCGCGCCGUCGCCAAAGCCUGCCUGCACGCCAAAGGCUACAGUCCGCUGAUGAUAGCAGCGGAGGCGGCUAUACCAGCCAACGUGUCUCUGCUGGCGGCGCGCGCCGGGCCGCUGGUGGACGCGCCGGCGCCCGACUGCGGCGCCACCGCGCUCUACCGCGCCGUCGCCAAAGCCUGCCUGCACGCCAAAGGCUACAGUCCACUGAUGAUAGCAGCGGAGGCGGCUAUACCGGCCAACGUGUCUCUGCUGGCGGCGCGCGCCGGGCCGCUGGUGGACGCGCCGGCGCCCGACUGCGGCGCCACCGCGCUCUACCGCGCCGUCGCCAAAGCCUGCCUGCACGCCAAAGAAACCGGUAACACGACAACAACGCCAGAAAAAUACCUCAAAUCCAUAGAGAUCCUAGUAGAGCACGGCGCUGAUCCGAGCAUAGAGAAUCAAUUCGCAUCAUCUGUAAACACAUUAUUAACCGAAUUCAACCUCUGCUCUCUAUCUAUGACCAUAGCCAACAAAAUGACCGCUUUAAAACAUGGCCGCUUCACCCGGGACAGAUUAAACAUGAUCCUAUUUAAAAAUAGCGACGGGAGCAUAGAUUACACAGAUAUAAAUGAUGUAACAGAUAUAACACCAAGGACAGUGGAAACGGGAUUACAUGCGGUCAUAACUGUUGAUGUGCCUGAGAAAAAAAGAAAGUCAAAUCCGAAUGUAAAGACUGACAUUGAGAAACCUAAGUUUGGACCCAAAGUCGAAGUCUUAAAACAAGUACUGACAGAUAAUAAAAUUGAUUAUAAGGAAAUCAAUAUAAAUAAAUUGAACGAAUUGAAACCGGAAACAGCUCAAGAUGUAAUAAUGCAACAAGUGAAACUCGGAAAUGUUAUUAUAAAACCUAAAACGGAUGUGAUUAAUGAUAUUGACAGCAAAAAACUUGAAAAGAGACCGGCCGCGCUUAAAGUACAUAAAGUGAAUUUGAAAGAAAUUAACGAUGGAAGUCAGAGUAGUAAUGUUACAUUUAAAAGAUUAAGCUCGGGACAAAUGAUAGCAAUAACUAAAACGAAACCUCCUGAAGGCGUUUUACCUCCAAAUUCGGAUAGAAAAUUUAACUUCAUUAAAAUAAAACCUGCACCUGUAGUUAACGAUAAAAUUAUACAGAAAAGUCUGUUGAAAUCAACAGAAUUUGAUGAAACUAGAUCUGCGAAAGAAAGAAAAAUAGAUAACGUAGUUAUAGUAGAAAAUGUUCCGGUGAAAACCGGUUUUUCAAUACCUAACGUGACGCCCGGUUCUAGCAAAACAGCCAGAGCUAGGGAUAUAGUUAUAUCACCUAAAAUCUCGCCUAAAGAACUGAGUAAAGAUUUAGAACCUAAAGAAUCGAGUAUGGAUGAUAUUUCUCAGAAAAUAAUAAUAGGGAAACAGGUCGUUGAAACUGUGAAACGUUUUAAAAAAAGAAAGUUAGUUUCGGAAUGAAUAGGGUAUUUUCCUACUAGUCAAAUCAGUUACUUUUUUAGAACUGUCAAAACGAUUUGCUAAUAUGGAUAUGAAACAUUACAUCGUGACGUCACGGUCAACUCACCUACUUUUUAUAUUUCUAUCCGAUUUAUUUAAAUAGACCAUCUGUUUAAAAAUAACUCCUAUCUGUGUUUUUCUAAUAAUUAUCUGGUGCUUUAUUUCAUGCGUGGUGUAAAAUAAUUUAUUGUAAAUACAGUAUAAUAUCCUAUUUAACAUAUAUUAACUUGGUGGCUGAUGUAUACUAUAUUUUGUUAAGAUAAUGUUUUUAUCGCAUAGUUCACUAAAAGGGUAUUUGACUGUCUUUAAUAGUUAUUUGUUUUACAAGGGGGCAAAGUUGUUGUUUAACCGCUCGUGCUAAUAUUGAUACCCGAGCAAGCGAAAGAUUUCAAAAUUGAACCACGAGCGUAGCGAGUGGUUCGAAAAAUGGAGUCUUGAGCGUUGCGAGGGUUUCAAAGCACGAGGGUUAAACAAAAUUUGCCCCCGAGUGAAACACAAAAUUUUUCACCACACAACCCGAAGCAAAUAUUAAAUGUAAAAUAUCAAACAAAAUCAAACCAAAUCAAAUCCAAAUGAAUGUUAUUUAAUAUUUAUCAUCCAAAAACAUCAUUAAAAAGUCAAUUCUACCAGCGAACAUAAGAAAACAACUCAAAAUUUGCAUUUGAUUACUUUGCCGCACAUGUGGAUAAAAUGCAAUUUUGCUAUUCAUGUUUGAAGUGCAAAGUAAUUCUUUCCGAGCUGGUGUGGUGAAAAAUAAAUUAUUUUAACUCUGGCAUGAAAUAAAGCACCAGAAGAUUAAUAGAGAAACGUAGACAGAAGUUAUUUUUAGACACAAUUUCUAUUUUAAAACCCGUAUAAAACUAUAAAGAGUAGGUAAUUUGAACGUGACGUCACAUGCUAGUGUUUCAUAUAAAUUCCAUAGUGGUAAAUCGUUUUGACAGUUCGUAAAAAGAAACUGAUUUGACUAGUAGUCAAAUACCCUAUAGACAGAUAUACAGAUGUAGUGUAUAAUUAUUUUCCAUCGUAUUUUCUCGGAAACGUACGAACGUGUCUUGCUAUUUCAGCCAGUCUCGGUACAAAAAGUACUGAGGUUGACUGAAGUAGCAUGACAAAUACGAACGUUUCCGAGAAAAUACGAUGGAAAACAAUUAUGCACUACAUCUGUCAUGUCAUCUAGUAACGCUAACGGAUGAUAUUUAGUAAAAAAAUAAUAUUUAAUGCAUAUAAAAUUACAAUUUGAUGAUUUAUAGGAAUUUCUUUUUGAGAUUGUCAAGGGAUUUAAGAAUAAAUUAACCGUAUCUUUGUAGCAAAUAUAAUCUCGCGUCACUCCUUAUUUAAAAUUCAUAUGAACAGUGAGUUCAAAUCUCACCCAAGGCAGUCAUUUUUACACUUUUAAAUUUAUUUUAAGCUUACGUGGGCUAUACUGAAAGUUUUUGGAUUCUGACACAUGAGACAACUUAUUUUUUCUAAGUGGCCAGUUCCAGGAAUUUUCAGUAUGCCCUAAGUAAGGGCAUCGGUUAGACGUCUAUAAUAUAAAAUUGACAUGUUUUUUGAGCCAA